AUGGAAGUUGUUAGAAGUAAAUUUUCAUGCCUCAACAGCCGAGCAAUGUGCCUUGUCAUCGGAUAUUUACAUUUGUUAUCGACUUCAUUGAAUAUCGCAUGCCAUUUGCUCCUUGUAUCUAUCGUUUCUGGAGGCUUCCAGUGUGACAUAGAUGCGAACAGUCUACUUGCAGUUGACUGGCAGUGGUUAGAUCCCAUUUUAUUCUUUCUAAACUUAGGAACACACGGCUUUUACCCCUUCCCGAUUAUCAUUACGCGCGGAGUUAGCAGUUACGUCAAAUAUAUGCCAAUAUCGGAUCAACGGAAAUGCUACCCUGGAAUGCUACAUGUCUCGUUAAAUGAUGUACUUAAUUUCUUAGUGAACGUGAUAUGGUUAAGGCUGGUGAUUACUUUCAUAGCCGCUUCUCAUAAGAGAGAUCCGGAACGAAUGCGAAUGUUCUACGGUUUAUCGAUAGUGAAACUGGCCGCGCAAGUAAUAUACCUUGCCUUCCAACCCAUCACUCUUAUCACUGCCGAGGACUUUUGGUUGUGGAUAAUUUUAGAUAUAUGCAUCCAGGCACUAUUUUUAAUAAUAAUGAAUAUCUGUAUAAGGCUCUUAAGAGCAGAGAAAUCACAGCCAAUUAAUGAUCAGCCGCCAUCUUACGUCGAAUGUCUCAUUAAUACUCCGAUUCAAACCCAGAAUGUUAAAAAAGAACCGGAAAAUGUGCUACCAAUAGAAGAUAACAAGAACCAGUCGCCGGCAGUUUUACCAAUUUAA